CAGUCGCAGCCCCAGGCUCCUUCGCCAGUCGUCACUAGUGACCAGACCAGUGAGCUAGCGAGGAGUGACGGUACCAUGCAGCUGUAGCAAGCGAGGAGGAGCCUGGGUGGUUGGUAGGAGUAGCGCCAAGUGCUGUGCGCGCGCCCGGGCAGCAGGCAGCGACGGCGGCGAGCAUCAGGAAGGAGCAGCAGCACCGCCGGCCUCCUCCGGCAGCAAUGUCGCCUCCUCCGCCCCCGCCGCCGCUGCUGCGGAACGAGCUGUCCCGCAGGACGGCGGUACUGGGCCUGCGCCUGUGGGUGCUGGUGGGCAUCGCCGUCGGGGCCGCCUUCGUGCUGCUUCUCGUGCUCAUCUCCCUCCACCUCGCCGCGGCGCGGCGGAGGCGGCCGCGGAAGGGCGUCGCGCACGCGCACGCGGCCGUGCCCGGAGCAGCGCCGCUGUCCCCGUCCACUAUCCCGCCCGUGUCCAAGGAGAUCCAGGAGGUGGCCGUCCACGUCGGCUCGCUCCGCCACUACCUCGAGAUGGGCCACGCGUUCCUCAAGGACGGCGGCGGCGGCGCGCAGGUGGCGCAGCACCACGACGGCGACGGCGGGUCCGUGGCGCACGGGUCGCAGCGCGUGCACAUCGAGGCCGGCAAGGGACACCGCAUGGUCGCGUACGCCGACGCCGGCGGGGAGGUCGGUCCCGUGGCGUCCGACGUGUCGGCGGCGGCGGCCGCCGUCGUGGGCCCCGAGGUGUCGCACCUCGGCUGGGGCCACUGGUACACGCUGCGCGAGCUGGAGGAGGCCACCGCCGCGUUCGCCCCCGAGCACGUCGUCGGCGAAGGCGGAUACGGCAUCGUCUACCGCGGCGUCCUCGCCGACGGCUACCAAGUCGCCGUCAAGAACCUCCUCAACAACAGGGGACAAGCCGAGCGGGAGUUCAAGGUGGAGGUGGAGGCCAUCGGCCGCGUUCGCCACAAGAAUCUGGUCCGCCUACUGGGCUACUGCGCCGAGGGCGCCCAGCGGAUACUUGUGUACGAGUACGUCGACAAUGGCAACCUCGAGCAGUGGCUGCACGGCGACGUCGGCGCGGUGAGCCCACUCACCUGGGACAUCCGGAUGAACAUCGUGCUCGGCAUGGCCAAAGGGAUCACGUACCUGCACGAGGGGCUGGAGCCGAAGGUGGUGCACAGGGACAUCAAGUCGAGCAACAUCCUGCUGGACAGGAGGUGGAACCCUAAGGUCUCGGACUUCGGCCUCGCCAAGCUCCUGGGCUCAGACAGCAACUACGUCACCACCAGAGUGAUGGGAACAUUUGGCUAUGUGGCACCAGAGUAUGCUAGCACAGGUAUGCUCAAUGAGAGGAGCGACGUGUACAGCUUCGGGAUCCUGAUAAUGGAGAUAAUCUCCGGUCGAAGCCCCGUCGACUAUGCUAGGCCUGUCGGAGAGGUGAACCUUGUAGAAUGGCUCAAGAACAAGGUGACCAACAGGGACUACGAGGCGAUCCUGGACCCAAAGCUGCCGGAGAAGCCUUCCUCCAAGGCGCUGAAGAAGGCUCUCUUGGUGGCGCUGAGGUGCGUGGAUCCCGAUUCGCAGAAACGGCCCAAGAUGGGGCAUGUCAUCCAUAUGCUUGAGGUCGACGACUUCCCGUAUCGAGAGGAUCGUCGAUCUCUUCGGCCGGGCAACGGCAGCCCCUUGGAGAAGGCGAGGACGCCGGGGAAUCCGGUGGCGGGGUCAUGCGACAGCAGCUGCUACGGGGGCAACACGACCACGGCGAGCACGCCGUCCAGAUUAGUGCAGGACAUGUAGCUGCAACUCUGCUUCGUCGAUGUCGUUUUGAUCUGGUUCCCCCCUCUGCCUUGUCGACGCUUAACCUUUUCGUGAUGGAGUGGUUGCCUUGAUAGGUUUUGAUUUUGAACUCUACCGUGACUUGACGUAGAUUUUGCCGGGUGCCCCAACUGUUUGUAUAGCGAACUGCUCUUAUCUCAGGCCGUAAGUUCGACUGUUCGUUGAUUCGUGUCCUGUUGUAAAAAAAAAAGUGUCCAACUCGGUGUAUCUUGUAUUCUUGUCUGUCCUCGUAGCUUCACGGGACGAAGCUUGUCUCCGGUAACUUCAAUACAGCUAGUCGUUUGCCAAGCAA